AUGACCGAAAUCUACCGAUAUCUGGCCGAAAACGGUUGUCCCGAUAGUCAGGUGCGGUUAGCCUUGCGCUUACUGGACGAAUGGCACCGGGAAGUUGAUGCCAAUGCCGAUGAUGUCGACCUUCGGCGGCAACCGGUUGACAUCAAGUGUCGAUUGGCCAUCGACUGGCUAGUAGAGGCCGCCCACGGCGGCAAUCGGUCGGCCAUCGAUGUACUGGAACAGUGUUUUAUGGACGGUAUCGGUAUUACCGAUGACAACAAACUCGGUGUACUUCGGUGUUUGUCGCGUACAGAAUUGGACAUCAAAGCCGACCAAUUGACCGGCGAUAUUAUGAACGCAGUCAUCACCGCCGCCGCCGAUGAUCGGCCAAAUAAUCCGUUAAGUGUUGACCAGUUUCGACAGCGACUACGCCGUCUAGUCAAUGAUCGGCCAAUGAAUGGCAUAGUCAAUGGUUUUAUGGUCACCACUGAUGAUGUAUUGGUGUCCCCAUCAUCUGCAGCACGAGUUGACAAACGAUACGUUCAUCUGAAUGUCAGUCAACUGCUCCGACAUCGGUCACCCGAUAUUGAUCUAACAGUUGAUCCAAAGCCGCCGAUUGUUGACCACCAGAAAACUGCUAAAUGUUUUCGACAUAUUUUCAAUCUAUUGAAAUCAAUGUUCACAUCCGUCGACUUAGUGGUCAUCAUAUCACUGCUAACCUUGUUUUCGGUAUCACUUAUCUUCAAUUAUCUAUACUUUCGGCCGACUGCUCGUCUGAUGUGCCGAAACUUGAUGUCCGUUCCGACGGUUCUACUGGUUCUCCAGGCACUGGAAGUGCUGGCCUACGGCCAGAUUAUCCAAUCGGUGGACAAGUAUAACAACUAUCGGUUAUGGAUACAAGUGGUUAAGAUUUAUGAUAAAAAUUUCCAACGAAAUGAUUGGCAAUACUUUAGAUCGACAACAGUUUGGUUGUUAGUAUUUACGAUAAGUUUUAUAUUAACAACGGCUUCAGUAGGUCAAGACACUACCGGUACUGUCAUCGGAUCACUCAACACAUCCAUCAGUCGACAGUUGAUGAGUUGGUUAUCAUUUUCCGUACAAUUCAAAUAUAAUUCAAAUCUAUUGCAAUUAUUUGCUGUCAUCUAUCACUAUCUAUCCAUAAACUAUUGUGAAUACAGUUUUAUGACUACCGAAACCUACAUGAGCUCUGUUCCCGUCAAUCCAACCAUUCUAGCAAUUGCUAUCAUAAUACUGGUAACUACUAAACCGUUGUUCAAUUUGAGGACAUUUUAUUUGAUUUUAAUACCCAAUCUGAUGACACAUUUGUUGAUACAUAACUCUGGUAGUUAUGACAUACCAGACUAUACCAUGACAUCCAUUUGUGGAUAUAUUACUAGCGAAUGGAAACUCCUAUUAUUUAUGAUAAUUGAUAUCUAUGAGAUUCAUAUGGACUAUGAUUUUAUUCAUAGCUCAGGUAUCCUAUUGAGGGCCAAAUGCGAGACCUGUUGGGAUGACACUGUUAUUAAACUUCAGGAUAUCUAUGAGUUACAUAUGAUCUAUGAUUUUAUUCAUAGCUCAGGUAUACUAUUGAGGGCCAAAUGCGAGACCUGUUGGGAUGAUACAGUUAUUAAACUUCAGGAUAUCUAUGAGUUACAUAUGAUCUAUGAUUUUAUUCAUAGCUCAGGUAUACUAUUGAGGGCCAAAUGCGAGACCUGUUGGGAUGAUACAGUUGUUUGGCAUAAUUGCUAA